CAUUAUGCUUUCCACUCUCUCAACGGGAGGUGGGGCUUUGUAGUGAAAACGUAUUCUACCCCACUGCACAAAGACCAGUGUGCAGUCGCAGUCUCCUCCACGCUAAGUGCGCAGCGCCUGCACAGAUCGCUCCACUUUGGAACUUAAGACCACAUUGCAUGAACCUGCAUACCUUUACCUCUGUUUUCUCGGCCGUGAACGACCCUAAGUGUUCCGCUGUGGCUGUUUUCCAGCAGAUACUCCGAACCCGAAGACUGUCGGGACCAGUGAAGAGAGAAGCUGCGGAGUGGUCUGGAAACUUUUGCCAUCAUGAGCUCGCAGACGGUCAACCUUGAUACAUACAGCCUGUCGUUGCUCACGGCCAAAGAGGACAUCCUCAACCCCCGUUCGUCCACCAACUGGGCAAUAUUUGCAUACGAUGGAGUCACCAACAAGCUCAAACUGGCUGACUCAGGAGCGGGUGGUGUGGCAGAGCUGGCAGGAAAGUUUCACAUCUCCAAGCCUCAAUAUGGACUGUGCAAAGUGGGAAGUGUGGAAACAGGAGGCCCUCAGAUUGCAAUGAUCAGCUGGGUCGGCCAAAAUGUGGAUGACUUCCGAAGGACAGAAUGUGCCAGCCACAUUCCAGCCAUUAAAAGCUUUUUCAAGGAAGCCCAUGCGUUCAUCAGUGCAGAAAAAGUGGAGGAUGUGACAGAGGAGAAGAUUAGAGCAGAGCUCAGCAAGGCCCAGGCCCAUACUCCUACACAGUGGGUGAGAAGGAGCUCCAGGUCUGCAGACAAGGAGGACUUAGUGGGUACAAACUACAGAAAAACGAAUGCUGCAAUGGAGAUGAGACGAAUAAACAGAGACUCCUUCUGGGCACGUGCAGAGCGUGAAGAGGAAGAGAGGAAAGAAGAGGAGAAAAGACGAGCAGCAGAGGAAAGACGCCGCCUCGAAAGAGAAAGAAUUUCAAAGGAGCGGAGGGAUGCAGAAGAGAGAGACAGAAAGAUGAAUGAGAAGCUACAGAUGAUUGAGGAGCAGAGAAGAAAACAGGCAGAGCAAGAAGAAGAGCUGCGCAAAAAAGAGAAAUUCAGAUGGGAUCAGGAGCAGAGAGAGCAUGUGGAAGAUAUGAGGGCUCGUCUUAGAAGGAGUGAGUCUAUAGAGAAAGCAGCAGAGGCAGCGGCAUUAGUGUCCCAGCGCUCCAUGAACCCAAGGGAGUUCUUCAGGCAGCUUUCAUCAUCAUCAGCACAAAGUCCCACCAGCCCCGGAUCCUCCCGCACUGGCAAACCAUUCAGACGAUACCAGCGCAGCCUGACAGACACAGCCUUCAUCUUCUCUAAAACAGAGGAGAGCACAUCAUCCUCCCCUUACAGUUCACCCCUGGUCUCCCCCUUCUCCCGGGGUCCUCGUUCCCCUAUCUACCGCGCCACGUCGCCCCCCACAAGCCCCGAUUUCCGCCCUGUCACCUCUCCACAAAGGCCCAGAGCCCCCAUGUCCCAGCCUACAUCACCUCUUCGGCCUGCCCCUCCAGCCUCGGCGCUGCCCAGCGUUCCACAAACUUACCACCAAGAGCAGGCUGUUGUUGUGCCCAAACCACCGUCACCCACACAACCUUCUGCACCUCCAGCCUCCCCUACUCUCUUGGUUUCCUUGUCCCCCAGUUUAGUAAAUAACAAGCUCUCUCAGCCACAUUCAGAGGCCCUGCCCGCCUCGCCCCCUAAUACACCAAUCCAUUCAGAGCACUCUGCUUUCUGCUUCGAGCCUGGUGUAGUUCCACAUGCUCCAACAGCUCCUCUUCCAGAGAAACCACAGCCAAACACAGACCUCAACAUAUCCACUCAGAUGCACACUGAGCUGGUCUCAGACGUUGCCUACAAAGUGCAGGCUGUACUGGUGGAGGAGGACGAGGAAGAGGAUGUGGAGAUGGCUGAAACACAACCAGAGCCUUGCACUGUGACCACAGAACCAGUCCAGACCGAGGCACGAGAGCAGGACGAAGAGGAGGAGGAAAAGAAGAAGGAAGAGGACAAGGAGGAAGAGGAGGAGGGAUUAAAACAGGAUACUGAGCAUGCACAACUGGUGGAGGUGGUGCAGGAGGAAGAAGAGGAAAAGGAAGAUGGAGAGGAGAAUGACCAAUCAGGAGGCAGUCAGGACCACUCCGAGCCUGCUGAGUUUCCUGAGUCAGCAGUUGCUGAUGCCGAACAAAUUUGUCAAGUAAUCAAACACGAGUCUGUCGUCCUGUCAACCAAUGGGAUUACAAAUGGAGAGGACACAGAGGAAGAGAAUGACCUAGAGCGAUCUUUGAGUCCAUCUGACACAGAAUUCAGCUCACCAGAGCUGGCCGGCUGCUAUGAUCUUCAUGGCAUGGCAGAGGAGGAUGACGUUGUUGAGGAUAAGGAACAGAUAAUCUCAGAAAAUGGACAAGAGGUUUUAGCCGAGAGACAAAUUUGCGUCCGAGCUCUUUAUGACUACCAAGCAGAGGACGAAUCUGAGAUCUCCUUUGAGCCUGGUGACAUCAUCAAGGACGUGGAAAGGGUGGACAAAGCCUGGUGGAGGGGAUGGAGCAAAGAUGGCCGUCAAGGCUUGUUCCCUGCCAAUUAUGUUGAGACCAUAUAGGCAGGCAGAGACACACUAGCACACACAAACACACACAUACACACACACACACACUCAGGGAUGCCAUCUCCCCUCACAUUUGUGCAUGUUUUUUUUUUUUUUACCUUAAUCCUCCCACUAAAACUUUGUACUCUCUAUAUUGUAGGAAUGAUAAAGAAAAAUGUGACUACCUGUUUUGUAGAAAGCAUAAAGGAAAGUGUGGCUCUCUAUUUUGAUGUUUUUUUUUUCACAAAAACAAAAUAGUCUCACAAGUAUGUAGAAUUUACCCAGCCUCAUUUUCUUGGAUAAAAUAGCAGAGACCUUUUCCUGGACCAAAAUAACUUAUUUCCUUUUGAGAUACAGCGGGAAUGUUGGUGGGAGGGAUCAGAUCAUAAUGACAAAGGAUCACAAACUUGCUUUUAUUGUGAGAAACACAAACAGAUUUUUUAUAGUGUAUCGUCUUCCUUUUGAUCCACACAUAUAACAAGCAUCCCAUUCUGCUCACCGUUUGCUUUUGUUUGUUACAUUGCUAAAAAAAAAUUGUACUGCUCUUGACUGGUAUAUCUAAUCAAGAUACAUGUAUCAGACAUCCUCUUAUAAUCAUCUUCCUGUAUUUCCUGAGUUUUUUGUCACACUGUUUAGUUACUGACAGUCUCACUGCACAUUUUAAUGACCAGAACAGCAGCUUAACAAAAGAUAAACAAGCAGAAGAAAAAGGCACUGUGUCAACACCUGUAUCUCUCUAUCACACUUUAAUAUAGGCUGUGUUUUGUUCAUAUGGUGACGGCCUUUCACACGUGAUCAUGUGUCAUCUUAAUUUUUCCUAGAUUUUAAGAAAUUAAAGCAUUUUGUCGACACAGACAUGAAAAACAAAAUCUUCCUUUUGUAAUCUUCUGUAAUGUCUUAAUAAUCUGCACUGUAUAUAAUAUUGUAUAAAACAACAUCAAAGAUCUUCUUCUUUUCUAUACUUGGCUUGUAUGUUUGUAUGCUAUGAUGUAAUGUAAUUUCUUUGUAUUUACUCAAAAACUUACAAAUAUAUAGCAUCUACAAACU